CUUCUCACCCAGUAUUUUUACGUAGGAAAUGCCCGGUGCUAAUAUAAAAGCAUAGUCCUUCCCUGCUUCUGUGUGAUAAAAGCAGCUUCUCCUCUCCAAGAUUUAACUUCCUCUCUUCUUCCCUAAUAUCUCUCCAUUGCAAAAAUUGGGGGCUUCAUCUGCCACCAUGAGGAAUACUGGCCACAGAUGCCUCUGUUUAAUCAUUCCAUCCAUUCUCACCCCUGUCUAUCUCUUUAUCUUCCUCCACUACCUCACCAUCCCCAUCCCCAUCGCCGGUUACACCCCUACAGAAAACUUCGCCAUCAAUUGUGGCUCCUCCGAAAACUGGCAAGGAUUGGGCAGGAACUGGACGGGCGACGUCGGUUCCAAAUUCUCCCCCUUGGAAAAGGGCAAGCUAUCAACAACAUCUCAAGCAGAUAAACCGCCCUCUUCAUUGGGUCCCUAUUCCACAGCGCGGCUAUCUCGCUAUGAGUUCACAUACUCAUUUCCCCUCACAGCCGGCCAGAAAUUCAUUCGCUUGCACUUUUAUCCAUCUUCAUACGGGCAGUUCGACGGAUCUAAAGCUUUUUUCUCGGUCAAAACCGGUGGUGGCUACACUCUUCUUAGCAACUUCAGUGCUGCCCUUGCUGCUGAAGAUCUUCGUAAGGAAACGAUAGUGAGAGAAUUCUGUAUCUACUUCAAUGAAGAAGGUGAGAAGCUGAAUAUAACAUUCAUUCCCACUGCGGCUGCAGAUGCAUACGCUUUUAUUAACGGAAUUGAAAUAGUCUCCAUGCCCGACGAUCUCUACUACAGUUCUUCACAAGAUGGAGGGUUUCAGUUUAUCGGUCAACAGAAUUCAUUUCGCAUUGAAACAGAUUAUGCUCUGGAAAUGGUAUACCGACUAAACGUAGGCGGGCAAUAUGUUUCGGCCAAGGAUGACACCGGCAUGUUCCGUACUUGGGAUAUGGACGAUGACUACUGUAUGAAACUAGCAUUUGUACCCGCCAACACCAGCAUUAAUCUGAAAUUCACCCAAAUACCAAAUUACACGGCACCUCUUGAUGUCUACCAGACCGCCCGGACCAUGGGAAACAACAAAACUGAGAACAUGGGAUAUAAUCUUACUUGGGUUUUGCCUGUGGACGCUGGUUUUAGUUACCUGCUUAGAUUACAUUUUUGCGAGUUCCAACCAGAGAUCCAGCAGCAGCAGGACAGGGAGUUCACGAUUUUCAUAGCUAACCAGACGGCGGAGAAUCAUGCAGACGUGAUCACAUGGAGCGGCGGAAACGGAGUUCCCAUAUACAGAGAUUAUGGGGUAAUGAUGCCAAGCCAGGGAAGUAACAAAAAACAAAACCUCUACAUACAACUGCAUCCUAACCCGGAUUAUGAAACCGCUUACAAUGAUGCAAUCCUCAACGGAAUCGAGCUGUUCAAACUCAGCAAUUCUGAAAACAGCUUCGCCGGGCCCAAUUCAGACCCACUGGAGGCUCCUGCCCCAUCACCGCCUGCGCAGUCUACCUCGCCCAAGGGUAACAAAACAAAGCUUAUCGCGAUUUCCGGUAGUGUGGUUGCAGGCCUAAUCGCGCUCUCUGUUAUAGCUCUCUUUAUUGUCUGGCGAGGAAGGAGAGUGAGAGAUUCAGAACCCAGCGAUGGAGGAUCAUGGUGGGGCCAAUUUUCUUAUAACUCGGUGAAGUCCACGAAGACCAGCCGCUCAUCUCUGCCCUCCGAUCUGUGCCGUCACUUCACUCUGCAAGAAGUCAAGGUGGCCACUAACAAUUUCGACAAAGUCUUCAUCAUCGGCGUCGGAGGCUUUGGGAACGUGUACAAAGGGUAUAUCAACGGCGGAACAACACCGGUGGCAAUCAAACGGUUGAAUCCAGAGUCACAGCAGGGGGCCCAGGAAUUCCAGACUGAGAUCGAGAUGCUUUCCCAGCUCCGCCACCUUCAUCUGGUAUCUCUAAUCGGCUACUGCAACGACGAUCGCGAGAUGAUCCUCGUGUACGAUUACAUGGUCCACGGCACUCUCCGCGAUCAUCUCUACAAAACAGAUAAUCCUCCAUUGUCGUGGAAGCAGAGGCUCGAGAUUUGCAUUGGCGCAGCUCGAGGGUUGCACUAUCUUCAUACAGGUGUGAAGCACACGAUCAUUCACCGGGAUGUGAAGACAACCAACAUCCUGUUGGAUGAGAAAUGGGUGGCCAAAGUUUCGGAUUUCGGAUUGUCAAAGAUGGGCCCUACCAGCAUGUCGAACGCCCACGUCAGCACAGUGGUGAAGGGUAGUUUCGGGUAUUUGGACCCAGAGUAUUACCGGCGGCAACAGCUAACGGAGAAAUCCGACGUGUACUCAUUCGGUGUGGUUCUGUUUGAAGUACUGUGCGCGAGGCCACCCCUGAAUCAGAUGGUGGAGAAAGAGCGGGUGAGUCUAGCACAGUGGGCCCCGGCCUGCUAUCGAGAUGGGAAGCUCGAACAGAUCGUUGAUCCUUUUUUAAAGGGUAAGAUAGCGCCGGACUGUCUGCAGAAGUUUGGGGAGAUCGCAGUGAGUUGUUUGCAGGAUCAGGGGAUCGAACGGCCAUCCAUGAGCGAUGUGGUGUGGGGCCUUCAAUUUGCAAUGCAGCUACAGGAGAGCGCGGAGCAGGAGAUGGAGCAGAGUGGGUCAUGGAGAAAAGUGAAGGACGAGGAAGCCCCACUGAAGGCCUCCAUUACUGAUGAUAGUGACGAUUUGUACGUGUUAACUAGUAAUAGUAAUAGUGGAGGCACGUGGGAUUCGAAGAGCAGUUGGGUAAUGAUACCAUGUAGCGGAGAAGAAAAAAGUUCAACCAGUUGUGCAUCUGAUGCGCUGAUGUCAGGUGCCGUGUUCUCUGAGAUCCUGAACCCAAAGGGGCGAUGAGAUGCAUCCGUCUCCACAUCUCCAUCGCCCUUUAUCAUGAUGCGGCCUCUCCAAUUUUUAAUUAGCAUAAAGUAAGUUUUAUGAAAUUUAGACUGUACUGGGUUGUUGAAAAUUGUAAUUUUCUUUUUCAAUAGCAUAUGAAAAGGGUCCAAAUGACGAAAAUUCAAAUCAAACAUGGCCUACUAUAUAGGACAAGACAUCUUUUUAAAUGUUGACGAAGAGGAAGCCGAGAGAGACUAGUCGCCGAAUAAUGAGACUGGUGGGACGUCACUUUCACGUCGAAGCUUGUGGAAGGAAACAAAAAAAGGCAUACACUUUUUGUGUAGGUGGGAGAUAAGCUAUUUCUUAAAGGAAGGUUGGGAUGGAGUUUACAGGUGAAAAGGUUCAGGUGCUCAGAUUUUGAAUGGGGCAUAAGAGAUAUAAUCUGACCAUUUCUCUUUUAUUCUUUUUGCCUUUUUUCCUUUUACUUUUUAACUUAAGUUUACACUGCUACUA